AUGGAUGAAGAUGGAGGGGGCAUACCAAUAGAGUUGCUUAUCAGGGGUCCUAGAAAAAGUUAUGGCGGUGAGCAGAAGGCGAUGGUCUGGAUCAUUAGGUUUUAUGCGAGGUUGGUAUCCCCCCUCAAUGGGGAACGAGAUACACGCUAUAAAGCCGAUUUUUCGCUCCUGAAACGUCGAGGUAAACGGCAAGUUGCCUCAUCGGAGACAGAGAAAUUGGAAUCGGAACUUGUCAUUCUGGCAUAUCUUCAAAGGAAUCAGCUUGAUAAUGACACAAUGGGCAUUCAACAAAUACCUUGUCGUUCAAGGCCAGCUCAAAAGUCCAGUCUAGUGGGGAGCUAG